UCCAUGCCCGGUUAGGAACGAACUGGUCAAUUCGAAUUGCAUUGUGCCCCAGGUCAUCGCACCUUAUUGAUAGGUGAUUGUUUAGAUUCGACGGGAAGCAAUAUGUCGUGAGACAGUUCCAUGUUAUUGAACUUGCAUCUUUCAUUCGCCUCGACGUUGCCCGUCACCGGGGCUCUUUACCGCUACCUGCCUCCCGAGUACACACCUUGACAUCUGCUUUGACCGUUGGACUACGACUACGAGUACAAAUCGAAGAUCGCCGCCCAAUCCAAAGCCUUUUGCCAUGGCUUUUCUCAUACUUGUCAUUGGCGACCUCCACAUCCCCGACCGAGCCCUCGAUAUCCCUGCCAAGUUCAGGAAGCUACUCGCGCCAGGCAAGAUUGGACAGACACUAUGCCUCGGCAACCUCACCGACAAGCACACAUACGAGUACCUCCGAACAAUAGCGCCGGACCUGAAGAUCGUCAAGGGCCGCUUUGACGUCGAGGCAACCUCGCUCCCGCUCACACAGGUGGUGACCCACGGCAGCAUCCGGAUAGGCUUCCUGGAGGGCUUCACGCUGGUUAGCAAUGAGCCUGACCUGCUCCUGGCGGAGGCGAACAAGCUGGACGUGGACGUGCUCUGCUGGGGCGGCACCCACAAGUUCGAGUGCUUCGAGUACAUGGACAAGUUCUUUGUGAACCCGGGGAGUGCCACUGGGGCCUUUUCGGCCGGCUCAUCCGAAGAUGUCGUGCCCAGCUUCUGCUUGAUGGACGUUCAAGGGAUUUCCCUCACGUUGUACGUGUAUCAACUUCGGAAGGAUGCGAACGGUGUCGAGAAUGUCGCUGUGGAGAAGGUUACAUACACCAAGCCAGUCGAGCCGGCGGGGGCCUCAUCAUGAUCAUUGGUUCAAGGUAGAUGAAGCUUGGGAGGCUUGGUGUUUAUGUCGACUGAUCCGGGUCUUCGACAUGCUGAAACUUGGCACGGCGAAAGA